AUGGUCGCUCAAAAACGGCCUGCGCCGUCAGUAGGCUCGAGCUCGAAGUCCCAGCCUGCAUCCACUGCUGAUCUCGUCAAUGCUCAAGGGCCGAACUGGAAGAAACGCAAGCAGGAACGCGCACAAACCGCUCGCUUUAUCCAGACACAGCCAUCUACAACGGUCUCACCCUCCGCAAGCAGCUCACGAUCAGUUUCCAAAGAUUCGACUCCCAUCCCUGCUCACUUCUCGUCUGCGGCUUCUGCUGCUGCCUCUAGCUCGAAGCUGCCAACGAGCAUCGAGCUGGAGUCCCUUGUGUCCUCACGCGCUUUUCAGAUUCAGAGUUUUCUUCGAUCCAUCAAAUCUGCCAAGUCGGCAACCACCACCAGAGCAUGGCAGCUCCUUCCUCGACAUGCGCGCAGGCGCGCUGCUUCGCACAACCUUCUCCGCCUCCCAUCACGGCUCCGUUCCAAAGCGCUCGCAGAACUACGCAGCAGCACCACGCAAGCUAAAUCCCGGUCCGAGACCCGCAAACGUCUUCCCAGUCAUGGUAUCAUCAGAGCAACGCUUCGGCGCAAAAAGCUAGCGGAACGCGCGUCUCACCCGCAGCGAAGAUGGCUCGAGACUCAUCUUUGGCAUGCGAAGCGAUUCAGAAUGACGACUGAGAAGGGAAAGGGGAAGGAGAGAGAUCAAGGUAACGAAUGCGGAAGGUGGGGCUUUGUUCUAGCUGAGACGACCAUGAUGAAGAGUCAUCGUGCAAGCUGGAGGAGUGCCAAGGAGUUUGUUACGGUACAUGAUGCCAGCUACUACUCAGUCUUUCGAGUUGGCGUUCGUAUAGCCGCGCAUGACGCUUCUUCUGCAGAACACUUUGACGUGGAAUUGCUCCAGCAUUUGCAUAAAAGUCUCGCUGCAGCUGGCUUUGCUGAUGCGCCCAAUCUUGGUGUCAACAAAUCGUCUUCAUCGGCUCACGUUCUCGAUACUAUUCUUACGCUAUCGAAAGCAUGUCUGACCAGCACCGCAACCGGAGAAGAUCUCAUUAACUCUUGUCUCGCCGCGUCGUCAUUGGAAGCUGCUCUUGCACCGGUGCGCAUUGUGCUGCUAUCCGGCACCCGCCAAUUUACAAGAACUGUACCGCAGCAAGAUCCGUACACCUACGCUUGCAAAGAGGCAUUGAUAUUCACCCAUCCUGCAGCCGAUCUUCAUAUGCGCCGAGCUCUAAAGGCAGCCAACUUUGUUAUGAUUGACGAAAAGAAGAACAUACUCUUCGAUCUCGAAGCGCCCGCGGCACAGAUUGUUGAGGCGUAUGCGUCUCAGCUCGACUCAGCGCCCGAUCCAUGGCUCGCAGCAGGCGGUAAAGAUAGCUCUCUGUCGAAGCUAGAGAAGAAACGUCGACGACUGGCUUAUCAAACCGGAAGUACAAAGAUGAAGUCAGAGCAAGCGAUGGACACUUCUAGCGACGUUGCGAUCAACCCCAUGUUGCUGAACGACAAGGCGGAUAUGAUGCGAAAGCAAGGCUUCAAUAUCUUUGAGCUGAUCGGUCCUCGCGCAGCUUCCCUCUUGCAAGCUGUACUCCGUCUGUCACAAGGGCCAAGCCAUCAUACCGACGAGGCAAGCCUGCGACAGCUCUUGAACAAGCAACAUGGCGAGAUGACAGCCAUGGUCGAGGUACAGGUCAAUGAUCCGCGUCUCUCAUACCCUCCCAGGCUCAAGCCUUUGUCAACUGAGGUAACUGCAUCCUCACGCGUGGCCAACACACUUUCGAGCCAAGAAUCAUCAGGUGACAACCUCUUCUGGAUGGGUGCCGAUCCUCCUCGUUUCAGCAAAGGCGAGAUUGACUCGAGACGAGCACUCAACAUCAUUCCCGGGGCUCGCCUGAAGCCUGACACGCGCGACAAUAUCGUUCCCGUGGUCCUCAUCCGCGAUCGCCUCGUCCAGAACCCUUCACUCGAUCGUUUCACCCUCAUCGUUCCUCGCGGCUGGGGCUUGGCAUUCUUUAUGUCGCUCGUCGCUACCCAUCAAUCUGGCGCCUCGAGUGGGGCAAGGGUGCUUGGCCAACAUCAACUGAAACAUCAGAGGCUCGAGUUGGCUGCUCUUUCUGCAGCUGCUGGAGCAAAGAACCAAAAGGCAAAGGCAGACAUGCUUAGCUAUCCCCACAACUGGCUCGGAACACAAGCGUACGCCGUUGGUGAAAAAGAGGCUGCAGUUGUCAGGCAAGACACCUGGGGCAGGAGGCCCAAAGGUAAACGGACUGAGUACACGUUUCCUACUCACAAAGAUUGGGAGGCUUUCCGAAAGGCGAACACGGCGGAACAAGUCAGGGCGAAGUUGUCAAGAGACCGAACGGGUGUGGCGAGGCCGUACCCUUUUGGUGGAUCGCAGCAUUGGGAGUGGAUGGUAGGCAAUUCCGAAUACUUGUUUGGUCAUGUAUCUACGGGCCAGCAUGAAGGAGCCGAAAAGACGCAGCCGUGGCUUGUUGCAUCUGCUGCAUCGACGAGCCUUACGAAAGAGGCAGUGUUUUCUGUCUCGCAUUUUGCCUCCGCCAUGGUAGCUCUCAAGCUGCACGCUGUGCGAAAAGGCACCGUCAUGCCACUGAGCAGCUUGAUGCUCGCACCCUCCUUCGAAGACCACCUUAGCUGGGUGCACCACCUCGACCCGAUUGACCAUCCAGCCGCCGUUGCCAAUCGCAACAGCACCGGAGCGCAAAAGAUGGACAAGCAGCACCUCAAGAUGCUUAUUGAUCGGCGGUGCGAGAUCAUGCAACUGGGACGUAGCGCUCCACAAAGCUCUGCAUGCAAGUCGAAGCUAAGAAAAGCUGUUGCUCCGACCGAGAACGUUUGGGACAAUUAUCUUGCCAGUGCAGCUGACCCAGAGGAGAUGCACGACCGCAGCGCCGAUUGGAAUCACGCAGUCGGCACGGUACUGGAUGGAGACUACUCGCUCGGUAAUGGUAAAGGGUUUGGAAUUGGCGCUAUCACGCUGCGUGCGUGGUUGCAGCUGGAAGAGCGAGAACAGAGGUUGCAGGCGCUCAAACGCGAUGAUGAUAAAGGUAGGAGGAAACCGCGAAAUCCCAUCGAGACCUCAUAUCUGCUCUUGAUGCGCGAACCGGGUACGGACGUUGUUCGUGCUGUCACUGCUAGUCUUAAGCUAUUGUUGUAG